UGCAGCGCAUUUUCUUCACGUUAUUAGUGAUUUUGAACCAAAAUGGCAUCAGUUUACACCGAUGUCAACGGCAAGAGGCGGUUAUAUAAGCUGAGCUCAACAGCGCGCCAGGUUCAACCUUUUGCUAACGAGCAGUAGCGAGUGGACAGUGACGAAGUCUUUUAAGGAAUACUUAAAAUUUUAGGUGAAAAGCAGUGCAAAAAAUAAAGCAAACCGUAAUGUUUUCCCCGCCAUUGUAUAAGCAGAGGCACGACUUUGUAAUCCAAUUUGUUAAAGACCACAAGCCUAAAAAGGUGGUUGAUCUGGGUUGCGGAGACCUCAAGCUGCUCAGAAAGCUGAGGUUCCACCGUGAGAUCCAGCUGCUUGCUGGAGUGGACACCAACAGCUCUGUUAUCACCAAAAAAAAGCAUUCUUUGUCUCCACUACCCACUGAAUACUUGCAGCCACCUGUCCAUCCUCUGACCGUUGAGCUUUAUCACGGCUCUGUUACAAAGAGGGAACCCCGCAUCAAAGGAUAUGAUCUGGCCACAUGCAUCGAGCUUGUUGAGCACCUGCACCCUGCUGAAGUGGAGAAGUUUGCCGAGGUUCUGUUUGGUUAUAUGGCCCCGUCCGCUGCCGUCAUCAGCACCCCAAAUGCAGACUACAACCCCUUACUACCAGGAUGCUCUGGUUUCAGACAUCUUGAUCACAAGUUUGAAUGGACCCAAGCAGAGUUUUGCAGCUGGGCUUUGGAGAUAUGUCGAUCAUAUGGCUACAGGGUUGAGUUCACUGGAGUUGGAAGACAUCCCUCUGAUGAGGAGAGUGUUGGAUUCUGCUCUCAGAUUGGCGUGUUUUACAAGGACACUUCCAGAUGUAGCAUGCUUCUAAGGAACGAGGCCUAUGAAGAUGUGCCAGUGUACAGCCUGCUUUAUAAAGUGGAGUACCCCAGUCUCUGCGACAACAACAUCCUCCACAGGACCUUGAUGAACGAAGUCCUUUACGCGGUGGAAUGUGUAAGACGGCAAUGGCUGGAAGCUUUGCAGAAGGAGAUAGGAGAUGUGCAAAGCAGUGAUGACUCAGCGAGCCGGGUUUCAGAAGAUGAUGGACAGGAACCCUACUGGCUUGGCGGUGACCUCUGUGUUCCUCUGGCCAGAGUGUUUUCAUUCCCAAAAGUGCGUGAGCUGAGUGGCAACAUGCAGCGCCUCCGGGGCAUCCUGCUGGAUGACUCGCGUGUUAGGCUGAUCGGUGACGUGAUGGUAUCACCUGCAAGUGAGGAGGAGCUCACUGACACAUGUGAAGGGGGGGCCUGCAGGGAUUACGGACCUGCUGAACAUGUGUCGCUUUAAGUGGGCUUUGAUGAGAACUGGUAUGAGUAAUUCUGAAGAAAUGUGAGUUGUGCCCCGAAACGGUGUCUGUUAAAUGAGCCAUUUUUACAGCCCAUAAUUGCAGCAGUUAGUGUAGCUGUUAAGGACAAGGACAUGUAAUGUGGUAAAGCAGCCUUGAGCGAGGUGCUUUAACUAGAAAUUACUUCACUGUAACAAAGUACCCAGCUGUGUCAGUGGGUCAGAGGCAGUAGCUCCUUUUGAAUGAAAAGCUAAGAAUUGCUUUAGUAUCACAAAAGUCAGGAGUUGAAGAGUUAACUUCAGCUGUUGUUUGAAUCAUUCUGUGUUAAAUAACUGACUCAAUACCACCUGUAAAACAUCUUUGAGCCACAACACCUCAUGAUACAUAGUGGUGUCACAUUUUGCAUUUUUCUGAAAAUAUGUGUCCAAGGAAAAGUGUUUUCUGGUACAAUUUGAAUUGGCUUGGAACCUGUUAAAUGAUCAGGAGAAGUUUAA